UAAUACAUAUCAACCUCGGACAUUCAUUUUUCGGCCGGCAGUGUCGCGUGCUGCUACUCCGUCUCCCAGUUACCACUGCGCCGAGAGCGAUCACUCCCCCCAUCGAGUAUACGCAGACUUCCAACCACAUAUACGCACAAACAGAGCCAUGGCAUCCUCCUCAGCAGCGGCGGGUCUGCUCGCCCGCCAGCUCAAGCAAAUGCAGAACGACAAGGAUAUACCGGGGAUUAGCUGCGGACUAGUGGACAGCAAUGUUUUCGAGUGGGAGGUCAUGCUCAUGAUUAACGACGACACGAAAUUCUACGGAGGCGGUUUCUUCCGAGCGCGUUUGAGCUUUCCGACCGAGUACCCGUUGCUUCCCCCCAAGAUGAGAUUCGAGACACCCAUCUUCCAUCCAAACAUCUACCAAAACGGCGAAGUCUGCAUCUCCAUUCUCCAUCCACCGGAAGAGGACAAAUACGGCUACGAAUCCGCCGCCGAACGUUGGUCGCCCGUGCAGACCCCCGAGACGAUCCUCCUCUCCGUAAUCUCCAUGCUCUCGAGCCCGAACGACGAGUCGCCCGCGAACGUAGAGGCCGCCGCGCUAUGGCGAGAGAACCCCGCCGAGUUCAAGAAACGGGUGCGCAAGUGCGUCCGCGAUAGUCUAGAAUUCGAAUGAUACACAUGAUGAUUCCACCCCUUAUUCUUCGCGCGCCCGCGCGCUCCUUCGACAAUUGGGUACAAUGAGAUUCCGUGGCCCCUUGGGAUAUUUGAUAUGAAUUUG